AUGCCUUCAUCUGCAGUCGCUCAUCACUCAUCCAUCCAUCCAUCCAUCAUGGUUCUUCUUGAUUCUGAUAUUCUCCCAUCCGAGAUCGGCACAGACUACAACACCGCCACUCAGUUCACCGCCGCUCAUCAUUUCGAAGAGGGCCCAUUAGGCAGCGUUGGGAAAUAUCUUAGUCCAAGACCUGCACAGGUACAUGAAUUGAUACCCGGAGCUACGAUGGAGUGUAUCGCAACGGCGAAGAAGGAUUUGGUCAUGAAAUAUGGACCGGUAUUCGUCGAUGCCGAAGCCCUCAAAAAUCAACAAACCCUCGAAAAAUACCUCACCGAGCACAAAUUCACCACCCGUUCCUCCAUCCUCAUUGCCCACACCCCAGAUACCGAGCGCAAAGGAGAACUAAUGAUCUUCCUCCCGGGGAUCUUCAUCUCCACCUCAAUAUACAACCCCACUCACCCCCGGCCUGCGCUCAACUACCUCAGCACCUACGUGUAUUGCCGCCCUGUGCAAAUGAUGGCCCACCAGCCGUUUAGAGCGGUUGCAGCAUGGGAAGAACUUCAGCCUCGGCUUUGGCCGAAGGGGUUGACUACUUUGAGUACAUUGAAGUACCCGGCGGGGCACUGA